AUGCCUGUCCACCCGGCAUGGCUGGGGGUAGUGCCUGCUUCCUGCUUCCCCCACGCCAGCCACGGGCCGGCUCCCCAGUCCUCUGUGGGAGGGUUGCUGGUCUCUGUUAAAAGCCCCCCGGGUGACUUGCAUGCCGCCAGGGCCUGUGUCCCCGGGAGACACUCUGGGGAGGGGCCACCACAAGGAAACCUCAGUCCAAGCUGCCCAGCGGAGGCUGGGCAUGGCUGUGCCAGCACAAGAAGGCAGGUAGGGGUCUCCGGGGCAGGCAGCUCUCCUACCGGCCCAGCCCCCUGUGUGAAGUGCUCAGCCUGGGUAGGAACGUGCUUCCCACUCAGCCUCCUCCAAGCCGCUGGAGGUCCCGCUGGUUCCCCAAAUGGCUUCUGUCCUGAGCCGUGGGCUCCUGACCACACACCUACCUUGCACGGUCUGAACAAGAGUCUGCGCCAGGGACCCCGCUCAGGAGGGGCACAGAGGAAGCCAAGGGCCCACACAGGUGAGGGGUCUCGGGUUGAGCUCACCCAGCCCAGGCUCAGCAGCAGCCUCAGAAUUUCCUGGCAUCUGCUUGCCUGUGUUGCAACCCAAGUGGGGUGUGCACGCUGCCUGAGAGAGAAAACACUCGGGGAGGAUUAUAUAAGCACUUUCCUCCCCAGCACAGGGCCGUCUUGGGCACAUUGAGACCAGACCAUGUGCAAAAGCACUCGGGAGAGUGGCAGGAGCUGA